CCAUUAAAAUGGUAAUCUCAGCUGCGCUCCCGCUGAAAUAGACACAAUCUGCUAUGAAAAACAAUGUAAACAAACUCUACAGCAAAGUUAAGGAACUAUAAAGACUGGGUACACGCAGUCGCCAUUUUGAGUCACAGCAUAGCAUUCCAUUCAACUGCUUGUAAUGCUUUGCUUUGACAGUGGUGAUUAUAUUUUGAUAUUUUUAAUAAUUCUAAUUCAUUAUGGUGGGGUGCUCGGCACCAAAUUGUGCCAAUAAAACAGAGAAAGGGUUUCGCUUGUUCACAUUUCCUACAGAUGAAAAAAGAAAGGCAAUUUGGCUUCAAAAUUGCAGACUUGAUAAAUGGAAGCCAACAUCAAAUUCCAGACUUUGUGAGGACCACUUUGAAGAAAAUCAGUGGGAGCUCCAUCGAGCAGAUGAGUGGAGAAAGUUGAAGCCAAAUGCUAUUCCAACUUUAUUUAAUGUUCUGAAUCCACCAAAAAAGCUUAUAUCAACAAGGCGGUCAACUUACAAGGACCCAUUUUUUAGUGAGAUAGCUGGAGGUGCUACAAUCACAGAAAAUGAAACUGCUAAUCUUGGUGUAGGGAAUGGCACAGCAUUAUCUCAUGAGGCAUUUCCUGCUGGGGAGGAGGAGCAAAUAAAGCAACUCAAGAAUGAAGUUGCAUCACUGAAGGAGGAACUUCAGAAGAAGGAUUCAAUGAUGAAAUCGUUUUUGAAUAAGGAGCAAAUUGCUGCAUUGCAACAAACACCCAACAAGUGGAGUGCUGAGUCUAUCCUUCUAGGCUUGAAGCUUCGAUUCAGCCUGGGUGUCAAUGGCUACAAUUUCCUAAGGGAAACGAAAUAUCCUCUGCCUUCCAUUGCCACUCUGAAUCGACACUCAAUUGAUUCCAAUAAGAAUCGGAAACGUAAGGCUGAAAUGUUUGGAACUUCAUCCAAAAAAAGAAAAAAACUUAGUUAGGAUAUGACCUGUAAUAUUACUCAAUUACUUCUUAACAUUUAUGAAAUCAGGCCUACUUAUUUUUAUUUAUAAAAUAGAAUUAUAGCACCCUUUUUCUGAAAAUAAUAGGUUAAGAAUACAAGUUAUGACAACUAGUUUGGUGUGAACACUGAAACUAGUUGUUAUAAUUUGUAUUCUUGAACUAUUAUUUUAUUAUUGUCAGAAAAGGGUACUGUAAUGCUAUUUUAUAAAUUCUCAGUUACUUAUUUUUACUAAAAACAGUUUUCAAAUUAGUUUACAACGAAGCUGCAAUCUAUACUAUAGUAAAUAUUACCAUAGUAAUAUUGAAGAUUUACUCAAAGAUAAUGAUAUUUUUUAUCAAACUGUAGGUUUCAAUUUAGGAGAAGUGAGUGAGAUAGAUGAUGUAGUUAACGCUUUCACCUUUCAAAUAUUUGAAGAUUGAUAGAACUAGUGGUCCAGAUGGUACACCCACUAUUUCUUCAAAGAAUUGAAGGAUGAACUAAUUUUGUAAUUAUAUAAUUUGUCAAUUAGAAACAAUCAAUUUCCUCUCAUCUGGAAAUAAGCUAUUUAUAAAUAAUGGUACUGAUAAUUUAUAAUAAUGAUACCCAUUUAUAAUAAUGGUAUUUUCAAAGACUAAUAUAAAUCGGGCAAAGAAAAUGAGAUCAGUAAUUUUAGGCCUGUAAUCAUUAGUGGAGCUAAAGUCUUUGAAAAUAUUAUAUAGAAGUUAUUUAAAUAUACUAAAUGUUAUUAUCAAUUUCAAAUAUUUGUAUCAGUUAUAUCAGUUUCAAUCAACAUUCAGUUUCAAGGUUAUUGACUUUUUGAAAAGGUUCUUGAAAGUGUUUAAUCAAUUGUUCUUGAAAGUGAUGACUCCGCUAUUUAUUUAUUUAUUGGAGAGUGCAUACAAUAGACUAUUAUUUUAUGUAGACUACUAAUAAUAUGAACCUAUGUGAGCGGGGUGUUUGAAUUGUUAUCGAAGAAAGGUUGCUCUGCUAUGUAUAUAGGUAUUACAUAAAUUGUGUAGGUAAUAAUCUAUUGCAUUGUUAGGAUUUGUUCGAAAAUAUAUUUUUAAAAUAAUAAAUAAGUAUAAUACUUGUGUAUUGUAUAAUGAAAUUCAAUGAU